CAUCCAAACUGUCCAAACAAACCCAGCUGUCUUCAGAGCACCAUAUACUGCACGCUGAAAGUAUGAACGGAUCUGCUGUCAACUCUUCUUCCUCAGCUUCAGGGUAUUACUGGUCAGAGUGUUAUAUCUAUGAUGAUGCUAGCAAUACAGAACGACCCUCAGCGGGCCUCCUCAUCCUCUCCACCACCUACGUCUUUGAAUUCCUCGUUGGUGCCCCGUUAAACCUCUGGCUCAUCUGUCACAUCCUGGCUAAAAGGUCAAAGGCUGCUGGUGUCCUUCCUGCGGACUUCUUCCCCCUCCACCUGGCUCUCAUCCAGCUGUUCUUCUACCUGGUCUUAGCCACGGUCUUUGUCAAUCAGUAUGUGUGGCAAAGUGACCAUGUGCCGGUGCUGAUGCUGUUCAUGGCCUCGAUGGUGUUCAUUCUGAAGCCGCUGCUCCUCUGUAUGGUGUGUGUGGAGAGGUACAUGGCUGUGGUGCGACCCCUCUUCUAUCUACGGUUCAAUGCACGUCAGUACAGAUGGAGAUGUUUGGGUAUCUCAUGGUGCGUUUAUGUCCUCAUGGCAUCACACGCUCUCUUCGAGCGCACUUACGCCUCAAUGUGUGUGUUGUUCCUCCCUGUUCUACUCAUAGACACCUUCUGCUGCCUGUCUAUUCUCAAAACAUUACGUAAAAAACCACCUGGGGAUACAAUGAUGAAGGAGAUGAAGAGGAAGAAGAAGAAAAGGGAGGAGAAAAGAGAAACUCACAAAAACAAUUCAGAGGAGGGAAAACAAGAGCAUAAAGAAGACAGAAAGGAGGAAAAUGAGAGGAAAGUUGAGAGAAGCGAGCUGAGGGGAAAGAGGGAGCUCAAUCUCAUGAAGAAGAAAGCCUUCUUCAACAUAGCCGUCAUUCAAGCCGUCCUCACGCUCAACUACCUCCCCUUAAUUAUCACGUUGCCCAUGGAGGGACUGGUUUCAGCUCAAACACUGAAGUGUGAUUUUAUGGCCUUGGCUUUCGCUGCUGCAGCCAGCUGUAGCUACCUGCAGCCUCUGCUCCACCUGCACAAACUGGGCAGGCUGCCCUGUAUGAAGGCUGACAGGCUGCCCUCACAAAACACGUAG